AAAGAAAUAAGGGAAAUAAGGAAAAGAAUGCCAUUGACAAUUUAUAUAAUUGUUAGUGCUGUCAGUGCAGCAUUUUUAUUUGGUUCAGGAACUUUACUUUAUAUCUUUCAAACUGAACUGCUUUAUCCAAUUGGAUAUCGUAAAAAAUCUAGACAAUUACCUACACAAGAAGGAAUUCCAUUCACAGAAGAAACAUUAAUUACCAAGGAUAAUUUCAAAAUUAAGGCUUAUUUUUGCAAACGCUCUACUGAUGAAGAGGCUUCUCAAAGACCAACGAUUUUAGCCUUGCCUGGAAACCGUGGAAAUAUAGUUCAAUAUGGACAUAGUGAAGGUAGCCCAUCUGAAAAGAG